CCCCUCCUCCUCCUCCUCAUCGGCGGCGGCGGCGGCGGGCUCGGGUUUCUGCAUUCGUCAAUCGUCUACAUUCCUGUACGUCAUCAGCAGCAGCUUCAGAGCUUCAUAGGUACAUGUAUACACGCUUCUAGAACCCCUCAACAACAGCCUGAACAGCCCUAAUCGAUUUGUAUCCGAUCCUGGACCUUUCAACCUUGCACAGACCAGAUUCGCACUCAACGCCUGUACAGUCCCUGCUCGACACUUUUGUUUGCCGCCGGCCUGCAGUGUCAAUCACAUCAUACCGCCAACACCACCACCACCACCAUCGUCAUCAUCAUCAUCGUCACGGUCCACCAUGCCCAAAUCCGCUUGCUUCGAUGUUCUGGGAACAUGUUUCGACUUCCAACCCGCCAUAGACACCAUCGAAGCACGUUUGGGCUCCCAACUCCGCACCGUAUCCGCAGACUCCAAGUCUCUCUUCUUCAGUUGGUUCUACGCCGCCCAACGAGACUUUACCUACGCAUCCGUGGCGGGGAACUACACGCCCAUCGCUCAGAUUCUCAAACUGACCCUGCGACGCGCAUGUGCGGUUGUCGAUCUCCCCUUGGAUCGCGUCUCAGAUGAGGAUGUGGAAGCCGUCAUGGCGCAAGUCCGCGCGUUGGUGGCGAGACCGGGGUUGAAGAAGUGCUAUGAUGGGCUGCGAGAGGCCGGGUGGGAUGUGUACGGUGUGACGAAUGGAGGCAAGGAAGCGAGUCUCCAGUACUAUGCGCUGGCGGAUGUGGAACUGGAUGCGGAUCAUCUGUUGAGCUGCGAUGAGAUUCGCGUCGCGAAGCCGGAUGCAAAGGUGUAUCAGAAUGCACAUUCGUGGCUGACGAAGCGUGGUGUGGGAACGGAAGGGGAUGGGGAUCGAUGGUUUGUUGCUGCGCAUGCGUGGGAUUUGAUUGCUGCGCGGAAAGCGGGCUUCAAGACUGCCUAUUUGUAUUUUGAGGAACAUGAUCCGGUGACGGACGUGUUUGGCACAUUUGACAUUUAUGCGAAUGAUAUGGAGGAGUUAUUGGAGAAGUUGAAGGCGGUGUAGAUGAUCCAUCUCGAUGCUGGUCCACAUCAGGCAUAUCACAGGUCAAGAGUCCAGUGGUAUACGAUUCCUGAGUCGACAAUAGCCACUACAGUCAGGGCUUUCCCC